GGUUCCUUACCUCUGCGGUUGCGUGUGCCUCUGUGUCCCCCUGCAGGCUUCGAGCUGCUGUACCAGCCGGAGGUGGUGAGGCUCUACCUGUCCCUGCUGACCGAGAGCCAGAACUACAACACCCUGGAGGCGGCCGCGGGGGCUCUGCAGAACCUCAGCGCCGGACAGUGGACCUGGUCCAACUACAUCCGAGCCACAGUGAGGAAGGAGAAAGGUCUCCCCAUCCUGGUGGAGCUGCUGCGCUCCGACUCCGACAAGGUGGUCCGAGCUGUGGCCAUCGCCCUGCGCAACCUGUCCAUUGACCGCCGCAACAAGGACCUGAUCGGAAGUUAUGCCAUGCGGGACUUGGUGAGCAACCUGCCCAGCGGUCAGCAGCGACCAGCCAAGAACCUGGAGGAGGACACCGUGGUGGCCAUCCUCAACACCAUCCACGAGAUUGUCACGGACAGCUCGGAAAACGCUCGCUCCCUCAUCCAGGCGCAGGCCAUUGAGAAGCUCGUCGCCAUCAACAGGACCAGCCAAUCAGCGCGUGAAACAAAGGCAGCGUCCCACGUUCUGCAGACAGUGUGGAGCUAUAAGGAGCUGAGGAACGCUUUGACUAAGGACGGCUGGAAUAAGGGCCACUUUCAGCCCACUGUGACAGCCACCCCGAAAGCAACCAAGAACGGCAAGCCGGGUUAUGACGACACCACCCUGCCCCUGAUGGAGAAGAACCAAGGUCAGUCAGUGAGCGUGUGGGUCGGCAUGGGUCACUAUUUUAAGGCUGUUUAG